ACCAAACCACUCUUUGUGUCUUUGAAAUUUACAAAACGAUACCAUGAAUUCAACAACAACAACACUACUUCGUCCUUCUCUGUUUCUUCUUCAUCACAACCCAACCUCUUCAACCAAACUUAUUUGUUCUUCUUCUUCUUCUAGAAACCAAUCAUUCAUCCCUAAGCUUCAACCUUUUAGCCGAACCAAAUUAGAUAGACUCGCUAAAGACCUUCCUUUGAUCGAAAAAUCUGAGAAAGAUCUCUUGGAUUAUUGUUCGAUACUUGAAGGUGAUGAAUCAUAUAGUUGCUGGCAGGCUUAUUUUGAGCUCAAAGAUCUCCAAAAGGAGUCACCUAGAGCAGAGAUAGAGAGGCUGAUUAUUGAGAUUGGUGGUGUGAAAUCCUUAAUAGGAUGUUUACAUGGAAUUGCACUAAUGCGUAAACUGAAAAAGAAUGAUUUGAAUUUAACCAAUGAAAUAUAUUCAGAAGAAGAACAAAAUCCUUGUCCUAGACCAGAUGGAUUACCAAAAUCUGCUGAUGAAAUGAUGGAAGAGGAGCAAGCAAAAAUGCCUGAUUCAUCAUAUACUAAACUUCUUAGAUCCAUGGGAAAGUCACCUGCAUGGUAUUCUGAAGCACCAGAUCAUGAAACAGAUUGAUGAUUUUGUUUCAGUUUAUAGGGAGGGAUUAAUGAUGUGAAUGUGUUAGUCGUAGGCUAGUUAUGGAUAUGAAUGAAUUAUGGAAUAGCUGUAUAAUUGAGUUUUUUUUCUUUCUUUCUUUCACUUUGGUUAUUGCUUUUCAUAAAAUCCCUAUCUCAUGUAAUUUCAGGAAGUAAUGUACAGGUGAUUUUCUUUUUUGCAAUUUUUAAA